CCCCCUACUUGAGGCACCACCCCUGCGCACGAACACACAGCACGGACGCCAAGAACGAUUGAAGAAGCGUGAGUGGGAGUUGGGAGGCAGAGCCGGCCAGUGGGGGGCGCCGGGAGGUGGGGGUGUGCUGCCAGCGACCGAGAGUUGGUGGUGCUGCGCCGGCCGCCGGGCAGGGACGGGUGGUGGUGCCUUCUCGGUGUGCGGCAGCGGAGGCGGCACCGGCGCAGUGCCAGAUCUGCGACUCCGCCGGCGGCAGGCCACCAUUCCCGAGGCUCCGCAUUGGAUCAGGAUCUGGCAAUCAACAAGCAACCUUGUCCAGUUUCAUCAGUUACGGCCCCCUGCUGUCUUCACCUUCCUUGUUUGUUGUUGCUUUCUGGUGCCGUCAUUGCCUGAUGAUCACUGCUGGUGACGUCUCUCUCGCACUCGUCUGCUGAAGUUGACGAGCGCAGAAGAAAACAAGAGAGAAGCAAUAAAGCCUGCAUUGUGGCAGCUCCCCCAGUUCAUUGGCCUCAAUUCCUCUGUAGGUGUCCGCUAUGUCUCGCAACUUGGAGAGCCCAGUGCAGACCCAGAUGGCAGUUUCAGCCUUGGACCGAGCUCUUAGCAGUGAGUACCCCACCAAGAGUAGAAGCGAAGCCAGGGUAGGAAGAUGGAAACGUCUCUUUGUCCAAACGGACACUGGUUGUGUCCUGGAUGUUCAACUGGAUCGUGGUGACAAUGUGCACACUGUCAAAAGAAGGAUGCAGGUGGCCCUUAAUUUUCCCACCGAGGAGAGUUCUCUGGUAUUAGGUGAUCGUGUCCUAAAAAAUGAUCUCAGCACCAUCAGAAAUGAUUCCCCAUUGCUUCUCACCAAGAAUUCCAUGCAUCGAAGCUCCUCCACACCAUGCAUGUCUCCUACGGGCAAUGAUCUCCAGCAGCAAAGAGAUAAGGGUCGUUCAAUUGAACUGCUAGUAUGCCCAAGCCGUUGCUCUCGAACAAGGCUGCUUGUGAAGGAUGUUGCUAAGGCUAUAAGAAAAGGUGUGGAUCCAGUACCUGUCAGUGGCGGGCUUGGUGGUGCCUACUAUUUCAGGAACAGCAAAGGUCAGAAUGCUGCAAUUGUGAAGCCAAAUGAUGAGGAGCCAUUUGCUCCCAACAACCCAAAAGGUUUUGUAGGGAAAUCCCUUGGGCAGCCAGGCCUCAAAAGAUCAGUUAGAGUUGGUGAGACUUGUAUUAGAGAAGUUGCUGCCUACCUUCUGGACUAUGAUAACUCUGCUAAUGUCCCUCCGACGGUUCUCGUUAGGAUUUCUCAUCCUGCGUUUCAUAUAAAUGAAGGAGUCAACUGUGCUAACAAGAAUGUUGUUGAGGGUGGUACUCAAGCUGUUAGCAAGAUUGCAUCAUUUCAGCAGUUUAUUCCUCAUGAUUUUGAUGCCAGUGAUUAUGGCACCUCAAGCUUUCCUGUUUCUGCUGUCCAUAGGAUUGCUAUUCUUGACAUCAGGAUCUUCAACACUGACAGACAUGCUGGAAAUCUGCUGGUAAGGAAGCAGACUGGAGCAGGAAAAUUUGGGAAUCUGACUGAGCUUAUUCCUAUUGAUCAUGGUCUCUGCCUUCCGGAGUGUUUGGAGGAUCCUUAUUUUGAAUGGAUCCACUGGCCUCAGGCAUCAGUCCCAUUCUCUGAGGAUGAGCUCGAGUACAUAGAAAAUCUUGAUCCAGUGAAAGAUGCUGACAUGCUUCGCAUGGAAUUGCCUAUGAUCCAUGAAGCAUGCCUGAGGGUACUAAUACUCUCAACCAUAUUUCUGAAAGAAGCCACAGCAUUUGGUCUGUGCCUUGCAGAGAUUGGGGAGAUGAUGAGCAGGGAAUUUACUGGAAUGGAAGAUCAGCCAAGUGAGCUAGAGUUUAUCUGUAUGGAGGCAAGGAGGCUAGCAACAGAACAAGAUGACAAUUCCUCAGAACAUGACUCUGGUGACGAGGAUUUAACUCAAUUUGAACUCGAUAGUGAAGAUCAUGAAAUACCAAAAGAACCAUCUGCCCAUCAGUUUGACAUUAAGCGGGGAAACUCCAGAAACCAACUGUCUAAAUUGGAUGAGGGUGAUGAUGAUGAUGAAGAAGAAGAAGAAGAAGAAGAAGAGGAGGAGGAGGAAGAUGACAUUGAGGAGGUAGAAAGCGAUGCAGGAAAGUUAGCUAGCCCUAAGCCUGUUAAUAAGUGGCUGGCUAACAUUUCGAAGCUGUCAACCUCACUGAAGGGUGUCAGUCUAACAGACAAAACCCAGCGUCAACUGUCUGCUGGUCCUAAGGUUGUGGAUUCUGUGAAAACUUCAAAGAGCAACAGCAACAACAAUGGCUCUCAACUUUGUAACUGGGGGAGUGCAAAUGAUAUGCUCCCGGCAAGUGUGAGCUUCGUCAAGCUGGCUGACAUGGGACCCGAGAUGUGGGGGCUGUUCCUCGAGAAGUUCCGGGAGCUGCUGCCUGAGGCAUUCCGCUCACGCAAGUGCAGCGUGACAGCGCAAAGGGCAAAGCAGAGACUGGGCACUUCUUGCCAGUUUUGAGUUAGCGCAGGACUAGGGAGGUGAGCACCUGUUCAGCUGCUGCUGUUUGCUGUGGCUUUCUUGCAGGUGUUAAGCUAUGCCGUUCUAGAAUAAAGCCAUCCUUCACGGGAUUGCGAUAGGGCUUGAGGGAUUGAGCGCCUGAUCCAGAGGUCCAUGUCGUGAUGAUGGCCUUGCUCUGUACAUAGUUUUCUUUUUCUUUUCAUUUUCUAGCUAGGCUUCUACCUUCGAGACAUGAGUUGCUUGAAGGAAGUUGGGAUGCAAUGUCUGCCCCAGUUCUUGGCCGCCCAACUCUUCCGCUCAUGAUAUGCAUUCAAAAGUUCCAUUCAAAUAAACAUUAAGCAGAAAGUUUCUGAUGUGGUAAUUAAACAUUGUGACAGACCUCAGAUGAAUGUUAAAGCUCAAUUUACAAUCA